AUAUAGAACCAUUCCCUUUACUAAAGAACCCUUGAAAGGUCUUUUUAAAGAGUGUACUUAUUUCUCUUUAUCUUAUAUGUUCUCACAGCAAUUCCCACAGCAAUGAAGCUGACAUUUUCACUGUGCUGUAUGGGCCAGGUUCAAAACUGCCACAUGUCUGUCUAUUUAGUGGCACAGAGGGCGGGUCUAUGUAAAUACGGUCAUUCAAGGCUUUAUUAGGUGGCUUUUGGCAUCAGUGUCCAGACCCCAGGAGCCUGCAGAAUACCACCACAACAAGACGAAGCUUAAAACACUGCAUAUAUCAUUGGAAAGAUCUUGUGCUUUCUUCAGCUCUUCUCCAGCAUAUGAUGUGUUUUUCUUUUUAUUUUAUUUAAAGGACCAAGGCAGAGUAAGAGGGAUGUGAUAGGGGCAGUGUCAGUUUGAAAGACUUUUCUCAGUGCUGACCACAGAUUUUGAUUAUUUUUAUACUUUUGGCACUUUUGCUUAUCCAGAAAGACUCAAGCUUCUUCUGUUUUCUGAUUUUCACUUUUGAUGACUACUUCACUUCAGUGAAGAUGCUGUGGCCAGAUUUCCUCUGUCCACUCUUUUUUCUGAGUGCCGGCGUAGCUGCGACGAAUGCUUUUGGGGCUUUCAAUCCCAAAGCUAAUCGUUUCAGCCUCUACAAGUCAGGACCCAGCCCUCAGUACAGCUCUGGGAAACCCACUGCCCGACACAAAAACCACUGUGCAUAUGUAGUGGAGAAGAGUGUGUCCUACACUAUUCAGGAUGGAGUGGCCCCUUAUGUGAAGGCGGAGUACAACAAGUGUGCAUGGGGGAAGAAGUGUCCUGCACUUAAGUACCGGAUGGUCUACAAGCCUUUGUUUAAAGUGAUACACAAGACCAUGACUGAGUUAGAGUGGCGCUGUUGUCCUGGAUUCACUGGUGUUGGUUGUAAUGUUGGACCUGCAGCCUAUGGAAUGAAGGCAAUGCCCCCAUUCAAAGGUCCUAUGCCAUCUCACAAGGGUCCUAUGCCCUCUAAUAAAGGUCCCCAGCCAUCCAUUAAAGGACCUAUGCCACCCUUCAAGGGGUCAGUGCCUGCAUUCAAAGGACGUACACCUUCUUAUAAAGGCCCACCGGUUCCUUUCAAGGGGCCAAUGCCUUCAUAUAAGGGCCCAGCACGCCAAUCCAACUACAAAGGAAACCCCUGGAAUCAACCCCACAUGCCAUCCAACAGAAUUGGUGGCUAUUCAGAUCCUGAAGUUGUGCCUUCCUAUCCUGAAACCUCAUUUGGGCCUUAUCCUGACCAUCAGGAACCUGAGAUGGUAAAUCCUGAGACAAUACCAGAUGAGCACAACCCACUGACUGAGGAUCAGGAUGUUGUGCCUGAUCCCAUUGCAGAUGAUCUUGAGUCAGUAACAGACUAUCAAGACCCCUUGCCAGAUCACCAGACUGCAAUUCCUCAAGGUCCAGAGACAGAACCAAUUCCUGUGGCACAGGCGCCCUCUGGUGACAGAGAGCUAAACCGUGACACUGAAGAAGACAGUGCCACAGUUGACCGCUUGAACCGCAUGGAGGAGGAUGUGCAGCGACUCUCACUUGGUCUCGAGACUCUUCGUGGUAAGGUGACUGGCUUAGAAGACCACCUACGUGCCUCCCUCCGGGAAGAUGCCAAUCGCAUGCUCUCUGCCCUCCUGUCUGCAGCUCCAGCCCCAGUCGCUUCUACAUCUCAACACUCCACUGUUGGUUUUGGAGACCUGCCUGGUGGGGCACCUGAUAUCGAAGGCAUGGACAUGGUAGGGCAGUUCCCAAGCUUGGGUGAACUGGCAGAAAAAGUGGAAGCACUUCGCACAGAGCUAUUAGCUAAAAGCACAGAGUUGGCAGAGUUGAGAGGAACAGUCCUAGACCACAAUGGGACCUUGCAGAGGCUAAAUAGUGGAGCAGUGAACCUCACAGGCUCUCCACAAGCCCUAGAGACACUGGUGGAUUCAAAACUUAGUGAGGCAAGGGUAGCCAUCCUAGAAGGCUUUGAAAAGCGGGUGGAGCAUGCAGAAGAGCGGUGUGAGGGCCGGGCCAUGGAAGUGCGUCUGCAGUGUAAGAAGGAGCUAAUGGAGGGACAGGAGCAGCUGGAGCAGGUCCUAAAUAGAAGUGUGGCGGCCUUGAGGAAGGAGUUUGGAAAUUUUCAUGGUCAGCUGCAAGGCCUGGAACCUGCGGAAGCUUGCUGCACUGCAGUGUCAGGCUUGACUGAAAGGCUGAUUCUGCUGGAGCAGUCAAUGGAAGGUUUGAAUCAGUCCCAAGUGCACCUUCAAGCUGAACUAGGAGGCCACAAGGACCACAUGGAGGGCAUGAUAGAGGGUAGACUGGGCUAUGUGGAAGAAAAGCUGAGCAUGACCGAGAAGCAACUGGGAGCUGCUGGUAGUGGAACAUCUGUUAACCCUGAGGCAUGCCUGGAAGAAAAAAUGAAGGCCCUUGAAAGUCGUCUCUUUGCAGCAGUAGAGGAACUUGGUAAUGCCACAGCUCCAGCUCUGUUGGAAGGCCAGGCAGUGCCCACAUUAGAGACAGAAGUCGAGUCCCUCAGAAAAAGGGUUGAAGUGGAUGUGGACCGCUUUCAAAAACAGCUUAGCUCUCUGGAGCUUCUUUGCACUUCUUCUUGUGCCCCACAACCUGUUCUAACAGGAUUUGUUGCACCACUUCCAACCACAGAAGAGGAAACCAAGGAAAACCACAAAGACUUAAAUGGACAGCUUAAUGCACAGACCAAACGUUUGGACCAUCUGAAUGCCACUCUGAACUCGCUGCUUGUUCAGUUAUCUGAAAGACAGGAAGAGAAGGGUCUUGAGGGUGAGGUGACCCUGCUGAAGGUGAGCGUGCACUCUGUCAACCGCACCGUUUGUGGGCUGAAGGAUACACUUGGGAAGGUGGUAGAAGAAGUGGGACAAGUCAACCUCACUUGGCAGGACCGCGAGGAGAGGCUAGCACAGCAAGUUAAAGGUGUUGUGCAGCUGGUUGGCCGACAGGCCUCUAUGUUGGGGGCAGGAGAAAGGAGGCUGACCCGUCUGAAGGGCGAGCUGCAGGAUCUGCGGCAAAGGCUGGCUGCGGAGCUUCAAGGCUGCCGCUCCACUGCCCUUGGUGUCCAGAAAGAGGUGACCGAAGUUGGGGGACGUGUGGCCCGUGUGGAGGGUCAGUGUGGUGGCUUGGCUCAAUUGGCUGAAGACUUGGAGCUUAUUCGAGGGGAACUGGACAAGCAUUCAGAAGGAUACUUGUCCCAGAUCAACAACACGCUGGUCAAUCAUUCCCUCCAACUGUCUGAGCUUAAAAAUGGACUUCAGAACUGCACUCGAUUCUCCAAGUUUACAAAGUCAACAGGUGACCACUUUGUGACAACAACUCAACCAUGGGUAGAACAUCUUACAGCUCAACCAAUCUAUCCAAGAGGAGACCAGUUUACAGACCCUACACAGCUGAGGGAUGAUCAGGAACUCAGACAAGCUCCAUAAACUGUGAUGUUUUAUUAUGAUGUUUACAAUGUACUGAAAAUAUGCCAAAUCAUUUUAUGGGGUUGAGAUCAAUUAAAAGGGAUGUUUUUCUACUUUGUUUUUGGUACAAUGUUUAUAUGUUUUCUACUGACUGAAACUGUAUGAGGUUGUUGUUAUUGUUAAGUGAAGAGAGUAAUUGUUUAGGAACAUAGCAGGCUCUGUAACACGCUGUCCUGGGACAUUUUGUCUUUCUUUACUUUGUGGUGUGGUAUAGAUGGUGUAUAAUUCUUGGGUCUUAUAAUGACAAAAAUGUUUUUUGUGAUAACUUGUUUAUAUUAAAAUACAAAAUCUUAAACACUAAGUGCACAUUCUGAUAAUCUCACAUAUCACACAAAAAGAAGAGAAAAGCACACACAC